CUUCAGCUCAGGAAGAAGAUGAAAGAUAGUGUCACUGAAGAACAUUUAUAUUUGAGUUUCUCUCAUCAGUACAGAGAUAGUAUCUUUCCUCUUCAUACAUCUAUUUCACUGUUUUUGCUAUCCUACUGUGACUGCAAAUUAUUCAAAAUUUUCUUAGUGCCGACUGGUGAAAAUGUGGAUGAUCAGUUUAUCCGAAAAAACCUCAUUGGUGAUCUUGAGGUCCAUUUAAUCUCCAGAUGUCAGCUUCCACUGGUUGUGCAGAGCUGUUGUUUACCUGCUGUUGUCGUGAGAGAUGGCAAGUUCUGCCGAGCUGGGCUUUCCGUUGUCUUAAGGCAUAUAAUCCAGAAAACAUAUGAGGCAGAUCCAUCCAAAAAGGAUGUUUUGGAACUCUUAGGCUUUAAGAAGACCUGCUUAAAAGCCUGUGCUGAAGUUAGCCAGUGGACCAGACUUUGUGAGAUCAGCAUACCUCUGGCUGUUGAAGGAUUUUUGACAGCGUCUCCUGAGCACUGUCACACUAUUCCUCCUGACAUUUUACAGCUUGAAAGGAAGCUUGGAGAACCUGUCCGAGUACAUAAUGAUGACAAAAUUCGAAGGCAAAAACUUCAACAACAGAAGGCAGGUGCCAAGGCUGCAGUGCCUGUAUUUGGUAAAGAAGCAACAGAGGAAGGAAAAACAGUGGAAAUACAUGAGCAUCCACUCCCAAGUUUGGAACUGAGCAUAGCUUUCUCCAAGCUACUUGUCCAGGAGGUAUCAGAUGCAGUCAACAGGGAGGCCUCUCACAUCAGGAGAAUGAAAACCUCUGAUCUGCCACUUUUGGACCACGUUUUUGCAGAAGGGCUUUAUUUUACCUUGGCAGAUAUAGUGCUUUUCCCAUGCAUCCAUCAGUUCUUGGUUUACAGCAAAAAGCAAGGCAAAAAUCUGGUCAAUUUGCCUCUGAUAUCCAGUUGGUAUCAAAGAGUUCAGGAAGUACCUGGAGUAAAGAAAGCUGCUGGGAAAUGCAAUAUGGAGCUUCUCCAGCUUCCAGAGCUGAUGUCUGCUCCAGAGGACGAGCUACAAGACCUCUCUUCAGUUCCUGAUGAAGUAGAAGAGGAGAAUGAAGAUAGUAAUUUUAUAGGUGGUCCAAGGCCAACUAUGACUAAGUUAAAGGAAAAUGGUAUCGAAGCAAAAUUUUCUCCUCAUCCAUGUCCCAGUUGGACCCUGGACUGGACCAGUCUACCAUCUGCAGUCAGUCCUGGAGAAG